AUGAAGCUUUUACUCGCUAUAGUGACGGCUGCAAUGCUGACCAAGUCAACGGCAGCGGAUUCGUGCGCUGUCUCCACGCUGUCGAGGCUUCUAUUGAACCAAAACAUCGGUCAAUGCUCCGACGACUCCGGGUACGCCUUCACGACCGGCAGAAAACCCACCUCGGCAGAAGUUGGUGGCAUGUGUGCGUCAGACGCGUGCCACAAUCUUCUAAAUGAUGUCAAGGCGAUGAACCUGACAGAGUGCACGCUGCCCAUUGGCGACAAAAUCUACUUGUUCGCAGACUUAAUCGACUUUGUGUCGGACCAGUGUGACGGUGACACACCGACACCAUCGACCGUCACGCCCGAGCCGGCAACGGCGGUUAGCUCCGAAAAGGUACGUAUACGGAACUGA